CCAGGCCUCCCGGGACUGCAAAAGAUACGGUUCUUUUUGCUGUAUUGUCCUGUUGAGCACAGAGGGAGAGAGAGUGGGGAAGGCGAAGAGGUGACCUCUUUGCAGCUAUUUCCAGCCUACAUAAGGAGCAAAAGUUGAGCUGCUCCUUUCAAGUUCAAGCCUGAAGAGAGAUUGGCCAAGCUGAUGAAAAAGACAGGCAAGCAAAGCUCGGGGAAAUCCUCUACAUCGGGUAGCCAAGCUGGGACAUCCAAGGAUGCCUUACAGCAGAUGUACCAGACCCCACUUUCCAAAGUUUCCCGGUCAAAGAUGACUUCAUACAGCAAGGAGCUGUUUAGCACCUGGAGCGACAUCCGGUGGUACCAAAUUCCUUUGUCAUCUCUAAGGAGACCCAAAGCCGGUCUCUUCAGCUUUACCUUCCAGUCCAGCCUGCAGAAGUACCAGCAGCUUCGGAAAACAAAACGACUGAAAGUUGGCCGGCCCUUCUCUGUCUUGCCUCUCCCUAGCUUAUCCUUGUCGUUUAUGGAUUCUGCGCCGUUUCAGGAUACAUUGCGGUGUAAUAAUCGCAGAUCUUCAAGAGCUGGUGGAUCUAAAGGCGGGAAAAGACUCUCAGCCUGUAGAAACGAAUCUCAGGCUUUCCUGCGACGGAUGCAGAAGAAGCUUCGGAAGUGCCAGCCAUCUGCAGACCGGCUGCACCCAAAAUGCAUCUCCUCUGCAGGAAUUUCUGGCCAGCAAUGGGAAACAGAGCUGUGCGGGAGCUCCAGAAAGACAUCAAAGCAGGGAGACUCUGCUCCGCUAGCAGAGACCCUUGGAAGAGGUGGCAGCUCCAGUUUAUGGGGCAAUCCCAGUUCUCCACUGGAAGAGGAGAGGGAGGAUAUGUUCCCUCCAGACUGGACCCCACCACGGAUUGCAUUUCUGUACAAUGAAGAGCCACCGACUCUCAGCCCUGCCCCUGGACCGAUGUCUGAAUCUCAAAGUUCUGGGGAAAUGCCAGACAUCACUGAAGAGGCUGGUGGGUCUCCAAGGAUGGACUUGAGAGUCAAAGCUUUCUCCCCAGUUGGGAGCCCUUUGUUUUUCCUCAAAGACUCUGGUGCCACACAACUGAAGGAGUUGGGAAAGAGGCAUGUGGACAGUUCAGAGUGCCCUACGUUUGAUGUCUGUCAAAUGGCAGAUGAGGAACUGGAAGAAGUUGUCCUAGAGGAUCAAAGAGAAGUUAGCAACCAGGGGGUCUUAGAGCAGGAAGGAUGCCCUCUUUUGUCCUCUCCAGUCUUUUCACCAGGAUCACCAUCCAAAGAGUGCUUUCGAAGCAGCAUCUCAGUGUCCCUGGAUAAGUUUCCAGUGGGUCCAGGGAGAUUGGCCUGUGAGUUGGAUGCAGAGGGGGACUCUGGGACAGAAGGUUCAGCUUCGUCACUCCCUGCCCAUCUAUUGCUGCCGUGCUCUGGGAUUUCCUCCAGGAGCAGCAUCUCAGCCUCCUCUGAUGAGCCUUCAGGAGAUCCCAGAGGACUGACCCUGGGCUCGGAUAGGGAGGAAGAUAUGGAUGACAGCAGCCUUGUGCCACUCAGAGAUCUCCUCCAGAUGGGGAAUUCCAGAUCCAGCUCUGUGGAGCUGAGCUCGUGCCUGUUGCCGGGACCUGGCAGUUACCUGAGCAAUCUAGACAAGCUUCUUGAGGAGAAAAGAGAGCAGAUACAAGAGGACAGAGAAUUGGAAGGAAGCCUGGGGCCCAAGCUGCUGUUCUCCAACUGGCUCAGUGCUGGGGAGGCUGGUGAAGAAGACGAAGCUCCAUUGCCUGAUGCCCAGAGGUUGGUCCUGGAACAGUUCUCCAUUAGUCCAAGUACCAUCCCAACCGUGCACCCUGGUGAAAAUAUUUUCAGGCCUUCUUCUUACCCGAGGACUGCUUUGGUUCUUGACACAGCUGGGCUCGUGCCCCAGAACCAGUUGGAAAGCUUGUUCUUCAGCUCCUCUCACCACCAGAUGGCGAUCCUCCACAGUGGCUGCCUUCGGUCCAUCUAUCACGGGAUAGCCAAGUGUCCCCUCCCUGUUCUGCACUGGCUUUUCCAGUUGAUGUCUUUGAACCCAGAUGUCUCGGCAGAUGCUUUCAAGGCUCUCUGGGAAAUCAGCACUUAUCAGAUCCUCUCUUCCGCAGACAAAGUCAGCACUGAUCUUUGGUGCCCGGAGCUGAAGGACAUCACCCAAGCUUUCUACAGUUUCGGAGCCUGUCCUUCCGCCUUGUUCCCUGCUGGACUUUCUCAGCAUGAAUUCAUAUCUGAAAUCUUAAAGUUCCCAGAAUACCCUCUUCAUACUGCAGAGGUUAAGAACGAAGCCUUUCCGGAAGAAGCCUACUUCCAGCUCAGCUUGGUAACAAUGCUCGGAGAUAUAUUUAAGGUAGACAUCCAGUAA